ACUAGUCCACAAUAAAACAGUGUGCCAAGCCACAUCUUCGCGUCCAGGGCAGCCUGCGCAAGUUGACCGUGGACCCGUGGUGCUCGCCCAAGAACGGAACCGCCCGCUGAAGAGGCUCCAGCGAUGGCGCUGACCCGGCUGUUCAUCUCCCUCUUCCCGGUCGCCGUCCUGGCCGGACUCGCCUCCGCCUCCGCGUCGCCCUUCCUCCCUGACAGCGCAUUUCAGGGCAGCACCGGAUCUACGGGGAGGAGCUUGCUGCAGGCCAAGAAUGAUAACGUAUUCCAGGCCAGCACCGGAUCUACAGGGAGGAGUUUGCUACAGACCAAUAAUGGCUGCCCUAUGAGCUUUGAGUCCCAGGACUACACAAUCAUCACAAGCAGGUGCAAAGCACCACAGUAUCCUCCUAAAGAAUGCUGUGAUGCUUUCAAGGAAUUUGCAUGCCCAUUUGCCCUCUACAUCAACAAUCAAAGCACUAACUGUGCAGACGCUAUGUUUUCCUACAUCAACUUCCAUGGCUCGUACCCAGCAGGCCUAUUCGGCGCUGAGUGCGUCAAAGGGAAAGAAGGGGUUUCCUGCGAAGGCGUCCCAGGGAAAGGCACCGGCGUGGCAAGUGGCGGGCGGCGAGCUCAAGGGAGUUCCCGUUCUUUGGUUCCUAUCUUGUGUGGACUAGAAGCACUGUUGUUCCAUUGAGUGGUGAUACCUUGCACUUCUCCAAAGAUGGCAUGUUGUCAGCUGCAAGUUGUAAGUAGUAAGACUUAGAAUCAGUUUGGUUCUCCUUGGCGCUCUCUUAAUGUGGUGACUGGACAUUUGGCUUUACUAUGAGAUAUCUCUUCAGAAACCACUUGAUAUACUUGACUAAUAACCCCUCUUAUAAAUGUACUUGGUUACUACUAUGCCAAAUAUUAUAUUGAUAUCA